UAUUAGAAAAGGAAUUCCAAUCAGAGAGCAGCAAAGAAGAAGAAGAAUGAUGGUCAAAGGUAUCCAACUUCAGCUAUGCGGAUUUGUUAGCAGCCAACGUUGGAAUCUAAAACCAAUAGCAACUUCUCUUUCAUUCUCAUCACUUUCCCCAAUCUCAUACCCUAACCCUAACCCUAAUCCUAACCCUUCUCUCAAACUCCUUCCCACUCUUCGCACCACUCGAUUCGCACCGUUUCGUGCUUCCUCAUCGCUUCAAUCUUCUGGGAAUGUUCGAAGUAUCAAAUUCUGUCAAUGGUGUGGUGGUUCGACUAAACAUGAUAUACCUGAUGGAGAAGAAAAGUUGAGAGCUAUAUGUACACUUUGUGGGAGAAUUGCUUAUCAGAAUCCCAAAAUGGUAGUUGGUUGCCUCAUUGAACAUGAUAAUAAGGUCCUCCUUUGCAAGAGGAAUAUUCAACCAUCUCAUGGUCUUUGGACGCUUCCCGCUGGUUAUUUGGAAAUUGGAGAGUCAGCUCUGGAAGGUGCCGUAAGGGAAACAAGGGAGGAAGCAAAUGCAGAUGUAGAAGUAAUUUCUCCCUUUGCUCAAUUGGACAUUCCUUUAAUUGGACAAACUUACAUGAUAUUCUUAGCAAAGCUGAAGAAGCCCCAUUUUUCACCCGGUCCAGAAUCAUCAGAAUGCCAACUUUUUUCACUUGAUGAUAUACCUUUUAAUUCUCUAUCCUUUUCAUCAAUGGUGGUUACCUUGAGUUUGUAUGUUGAGGAUAUCAAGGCCGGCAAGCCCAAAUUUCAUUAUGGAACCAUUAAGAAAAGGCCUGGUACAAGUCCUUCUGAUAUUCGUGCUUACACACUAGAUCAUCACAUGCACACAUGAGCCAUGAUAAACAGGUUGCAGUAAAGUCUGGAUAUUUGAAGAUUGUUAUUAGAAGAAAUUUAAAUUCUGCUAGCCUGAAGAUUGCUGUAUCUUCUGCAAAGACCUGAGCAUUCCUGGCUUGAAUUUAUCAUUGUCAAAAGAUAGACAAUGUUUCGGUUCAAGAAACAACCAGAACACAGUAGGUCACUUGUACUUGAUGCAAUUCAUGAUGGCCAGCAAAUUCCUCAAGGGUUCUUAUUUUGAUCGGCUGUUGUAGAAAACUGAGAUUUAUUUGUGGCCUAAUGGCAUUGCCAAAAUUGUAAAAACAUGAACAUUCAUCAAGAUAAUGAAAUUCAUUUUUUUUCUUCC